AUGCCCAUGAUGCCCAUUAUGCCCGUGGAGAUAUUCGACAUUUGGGGGAUGGACUUCAUGGGACCCCUUCCCAGUUCGAGAGGAAACUUGUACAUCCUACUUUUGGUGGAUUAUGUCUCCAAAGCAAUCAUCAGCGACCAAGGAUCCCAUUUCUGCAAUUUCUCGGUUGAGAACCUGUUCAAAAAAUACGGUGUCCAACAUCGGGUCUCAACAGCCUACCACCCACAAGCCAAUGGACAGGCAGAACUAUCAAAUCGCAUUAUCAAAACGAUUUUGCGAAAGACCGUUGGCCCUACAGGGAAGGAUUGGAGCUUAAAGCUGGAAGAUGCCUUAUGGGCAUAUCGCACAGCAUACAAAACUCCCUUCGGGAUGUCACCAUAUAGAAUGGUGUAUGGCAAGAAAUGCCAUCUACCGGUGGAAUUGGAGCACAAGGCUUUCUGGGCAGUGAAUAAAGUGAAUCAUGAUUGGAACAAGGCAGGGCAAGCAAGAAGGCUAGAGAUCUAA